AUGGAACGUUUGUGCGCGGAACGAGCGCAACUUAGAAGAUUCUUCACGAUUGCCGCGAAUGGUUGUGAAGAAACCUUUGGAAAACCUGAGGCAACCGUCGAGGAGGUAACUGUUGCUUUUAUUAAGCUUACCGACAAGGCUGAUAGGCUUUUUCUUCUCGAUGAUAAAGUAAAAGAAAUUAUGUUCGAGUCAUUGGAUCAGGUCAAAGAAGAAGAUUUAGGUAAGGAGUUUGAAACUGUGGAGAAGUACAGGGACACCUGGCUAACUUUGAGUGCUAGAAAGAAUGAGUUACUGGAAAAAGUCAAGGCCAACACAGCGUGUCCUACCGAAGUUUCUACUGCUGCUCCUAGUGAUAACCUCACCCUCAAAUUACCUAAGUUGGAUCUCCCAAAAUUCGACAUCACGCCUAAAACAUGGAUCCGUUUUUGGGCAUAUUUCAAGAAAAUCCAUGAAAGAGAGGACCUGCCUUCUGAGGAUAAGUUCUUGAUUUUGUUGCGUAUUGCCAAGGAUGGUACCCAAGCAAAGGAACUGUUGAGUAGCUAUCCUGCAUCGGGGGCCAAUUAUCCGAAGGCUUUUGGCCAACUGAAAAACCGUUUUGGCCGUGAUGAAUUGCUGAUUGAGUUGUAUGUUAGGGAGCUUCUCUCAUUGGUCUUGGUACAGGCAUCGGGCAAAGUUUCUUUGACUCUCGCACAGCUUCAUGACAAGCUAGAAACCCAGUUAAUGGCCUUGGAGAGUUUGGGAGUUACAUCAGAAAAAUACGCGUGCAUGCUCGCGCCUUUAAUUGAAUCCGCACUUCCUGAGUCAAUUUUGCGGGAAUGGGAGCGUAAGCGGAAGUCGUGCGGCAUUGAUGAAUCAUCCCUCUUUGAAGCUGCAGAUCAAAUGGUCAAGUUGCGAGAUUUUCUGAAGAGAGAGGUUGAAAGCGAGGAGCGGUUUCUGCUAGCUAGGAGCACGUUUUCUGUCCCCAGCGCUGCACCAAAGAGCAGUGCUGGGAAUGUCAAGUCCUCGACUGGAAAGUACACCACAGCUGCUGACCUAGUUGGUAUUGAGUCGACUGAAGGCACUGAAGAUGUCAGUUGCAUUUUUUGCAAAAAUUCUCACAAUACGGAAUUGUGUUCAGAGGCGAGGGACAAGAGCAAAGAGGAGAAAAUUAAGCUCCUCAAAGCUAAAAGCCGCUGUUUUGAGUGUCUGAAAAAAUUCCACGGGAAACGGCCCUGUAAGGAAAAGCUGUGUUGCUUAGUUUGUGCUGAACCUCAUGUUACUGUGAUGUGCCCAAUUCCUCGUGACCGGAAUUCAACGUCUACUGAAACUAGUAAGGUGACGAAGAAAGAAAACGAUGUAGAGCACAACUAUGCUAGUAUCCAGAGGGCACCAGUUUUGAUGCAAACGUUGAGGGUUCGUUUGAAAGGAGAAAAUCCUGUCACCACCAGGUUGUUGAUUGACACAGGUUCUCAAAGAAGUUAUAUAACUCAAGCGCUGGCUACCGGAAUGAGCCGAUCCGCACUGAGAACUUGGUUCAUGCAUUGUUUGGUGGGAGCAAGACUGAACCCAAGACGCAUCAAUGCUAUAAGAUCCGUCUGCAAAGUUUGA